GUGUGUGUGUGUGUGUGUGUGUGUGUGUGUGUGUGUGUGUGUGUGUGUGUGUGUGUGUGUGUGUGUGUCUGUGUCUGUGUGUGUGUGUGUGUGUUCAGGGGGUGGGUGCAUUAGUCUGUGUGAGAGCAGCCUCACUUACAGAGCAGGAGCUGGAGAAAGAGGAGGACGUGGAAUGAGGUCAAGUGAAAAAAGGACAAGUAGAGGAUGAAACAAUCAAUGAUCUGAAGAGACAGCGCAGGAAAAAAACACUUCCUAACCGCAAAGGCGUUUUCAGACAUUUAUGGAUGGACGAGUGAAAGUUAGCAGAGAAUAGUCACCUGCAAAAGGACACACAACCCCAGGGAGAGGAAGGAGUCUGGACCACGGCUCAAGACCUGCUGAAGACAAGCCUGCAUUUUCCCAUGAUUCCUUUUGGUUACCUCAGUAUGAUCCCUCUGCUUUCCCUGUAUCUGGGGGGGCUCAUGUCUUCAGAUGCAUCCCUGGCCUGCACUCACCCUCCCUGCAGGGAAACUCUGGUGGCUGCACCGGUCCCGCCUGGGUCCGGCAGUGGAGUGGGUUCUGGGGCGUGUGAGGGUCAAACAGCCUGCAGAAUCGGGUUUUCACUUCCCGCCAACGCCAAUGCUCCUCGGAAGGUGGAACAGAGGCACGAUAAGAGUGGAGGUGUUAAAGAGCACCUGGCUCAGCUGCAGCACUGCAUGCGCUCUUUCCAGGAAACAGGGAGUCACGGGGGCCAGGAAAGCAACUCUCUCGGGGCCAUCCUGGCACUAAUGGCAGCUGUGCUGACAGAGUGUGACCUCCACUGUCACAACCAGGCGCUCGGAGCGAUGGCCAAACGACUGGAGAGUGCAGCCGUAGGAAGGGAAGGAGACCUGCUGCUGUUCCUGAAGAGCAUCACACAUCACCCGCCCACAGUCGCUCCUUUGGACCGGUUACAUCCGCAGGACUGUGCAGAGAUUUACCGGCUCGGGAUCAAAGAGAACGGAAUCUACACCAUCCAGCCUGACCUGCACAGGCCACCGGUGGAGGCUAAAUGCGACAUGGAGACGGCAGGUGGUGGCUGGACCCUGAUCCAGAAUCGACACGACGGCACGGUGGACUUCAACAGGACGUGGCAGGAAUACCGGGAAGGCUUUGGCAGUCCCCUGGGAGAGCACUGGCUGGGGAACGCGGCGCUGCACGCCCUCACCUCCGGCGGCCAGCAUCAGCUCCGCAUCGAGCUGGAGGAUUGGUACCAACAGAGGCGCUCCGCCACCUACAACACCUUUAAAGUCGCCUCGGAGGCUCAGAGAUACCGCCUGACAGCGCGGGAGUACUCCGGGGAUGCUGGGAACGCGCUGAGCUACAGCAAGCGUUACAACCACGACGGCAGGUUCUUCAGCACGGCCGACCGCGACCACGACCGCUACGUGGCCGGGAGCUGUGGCCAGUACUACGGCACGGGCUGGUGGUUCGACGCCUGCCUGGCGGCCAAUCUCAACGGGCGCUACUACCGCGGGCGCUACAGCGGCGUGACCGACGGCAUCUACUGGGGGACGUGGUACAUCCUGACGGACGCGCGGACCGGAGAGCGCUACUCCUUCAAGCGGGUGGAGAUGAAGACAAGGCCCAGGGGCUUUGCUGGGAAGUCUUAGGCCGUGACGGGCGUCCCGAUUGGACCGUUUGCUGCACUGCAAUUGUAAUCGGUCGCCGGGUGCUCGAACUGCACUGACGUCAGAUCCUGUCACUCAUCGGUUACAUGCAGAUGGCAGCUGACAGAUUGAAAGAGAAAUCACAGAAUGAAAUAUGCACAAAAAUAACAUUUUGAGCUUUGACUAGCAGUCCAAACAUGUAUAAGAUGAUGAAUAAAGUCACAUCAUCUAUAUUAUUCAUUGAAAAUAAUGUGGUAUUUUUUUAUCCAUUUGGACAGCAUUUCUGCCAGGACACGUGUCCUCAACCAGGACGACACACAUGCAAACACAACAUGGAGAAACAUGAUGAUUUAACCCAAACUGUUCCUAAACCGGUCCUACACGCAUG